AUGGCUGAAGUCAUUAAAGUCUACCCAGGGAAAGAUGAUCUUGUGAGAGUUGUGGACAUCAACUUUGCUGAUGGAACCAAUGCGAAGAAACCUGUCACCAAACUGAUCCUACUAAUGAAAACGAAGCAAGAGAAAAGCUGUAUAUACCGAUUAGAGGUGAAGACAAUUUUAAUGACAGAGACUUUUCAGAGGAGGUUGUUGUGGGAGCAACAAAAACUUUCAAAUGAAAAAGGUAAACAAAUGCGAUGGCAUCCAGCCAUAAUUCGAUGGUGCAUCGCUUUGCAAAACCGUUCUGCCUCAGCCUACAAUCUUAUGAGGGAAACUGGUUUUUUACGAUUGCCGCACCCUAGAACCCUUCAUCCAUACAGUCAUUUUGCAGAUACCGCCUCCGGAUUCUGUCCUGAAAUGCUGCAACGGAUUGUUUCAGAUAUAGGCCUUAAUAAAGAAAACAGUGAAUUGAAGAAAGACGUUUCUCUAAUGUUUGAUGAAAUGAAGAUCAAGUCUGGCUUAGGUUUUUCAAGCCGAUCUGGUCAGAUUGUGGGCUUCACUGAUGUUGGAACUCUUGGUAAUGAAAUAAAUACAAGGAGAUGUAAAGGAGAAGAAGAGCCUCCAGUUGCAACACAUGUUUUAGUGUUGAUGUUGCGCGGCAUCUUUUGCAAAUUACAUGCCCCAGUUGGAUAUUGUCCCACUAAAGGAGCCUCAAGUGAUGAACUGUUUUCGUGCCUAUGGGAAGCAGUAGAGUAUGUAGAGACGGCGGGCUUCAGGGUUCGAGCAUUUAUCUCGGAUGGUGCGUCGCCAAAUAGAAAGUUUUAUAGGCUACAUUCUACUCCUGGAUCAACGUCUAUUACUUAUGUCACUCACAAUGAAAUAGAUCCAACAAGGAAUAUAUAUUUUAUUUGCGAUGUUUCACAUUUGAUGAAGACGACGCGAAACAACUUUGAGAACAGUAACUAUCACUAUAAGACACGGCACCUCCAUUACAACAAAAUGGAUAUCAAAUGGACUUAUCUGUUGGAACUGUAUAAUUGGGACACAGGAUUAGACAGAUAUUCACCUGGACUUCGUCGCCUUCAUAAGAUCUCUUAUGAGCAUCUCCACCUGACCCCUUCUUUGAGAAUGCGCGUGUACAUGGCUGUGCAGGUAUUAAGCAGCACAGUAGCCAAUGCUCUUGAGUGCCAUGGACAAUACUACACAGCUUCGACAGCAAAAUUUAUUAGGAUGUUCGACACAUUUUUCGACUGCUUGAAUGUUUCCCGUCUACAUCAGGAUAGUCACAGUCUCAAACCAGCUUUAGCGCCGUAUAGAUCUAGUGAUGACUGGCGUUUCAAGUGGCUUAAGGAGGACUUUUUAGGAUUCCUAGACGAGUGGGAGACUCAAGUCAAUAACCUUGAUAAUGUGAGCAAGUCUGAGAAGCAGAAAAUGCUGUUAAGCAGGGAGACCCAAGAAGGACUGAGAAUAACAGUCAAUUCAUUUGUGGACUUGGCUUCAGAACUGCUUUCUCGUCCUGAUGUGGAUUUUCUGUUGAGCGAGAAGUUUAAUCAGGAUCCGUUAGAGCAGUACUUCAGUAAACAACGUGGAGCUGGUGGGACAUGUGACAACCCAACUGUUGCCCAGUUCGGCCAAAAUAUGCAAGCCUUAUAUGUUGCGUCUAGCUGUGCCAAAGCAUCAAAGCGGGGAAACUGCAGAGGCCCUGAUGAACGUAGUUGUAUGUUAGAUGACACACCUCUACCAAGGAGGAGAUGAAUUUAUUCAGCAUCACAUUUAUAUAAAUUUCUUAGCCAGGCACAAGAUUUUGACUUUCCUUUUGUUUCUUUGUGGAAGGAAAAUUGCCUACUAUUAAAUUUUAGAUAGUAAUUUAUAAUACUAUAGUUAUAUUUCUGUAAAUAGAUUUUGUAAAAGUGUACAUAUUUAUUAAAUCUGGUCACCAUUCCAUCAUGCAUAAUCCUGACUACCAUUUUUGGCCGAUAAUUAAAACAGUAUUCCUGUUGUAUGUGUAAUUGCCGAAAGGCCCACUGAUUAGUCUCGGGUAAGAUAGAAUAGUAUAUACUCCAAGUAUUGAAAGACACGCUUUCGUGAAUUGAUUCACUAUUGCGGCAUUAAUUAUGUCUGACAUAAUUGAUGCCGAAAUGUUGAAUCCAUUCACGAUGGCGUGCAUUUGAAUACUUGGAGCAUGUAUUAUACUAUCUUAUGUGUAAUUGCCUUGAGAGUUUUAUAUUAUUGUACAUAAAAUUAGUUAAAUAUCUAUUUUAUUAGUAUUUUAAGAAUAAUGAGCCAUUUCACAUUUCCAACUAUGUCAAUUAACAUACACCUACAGUAUGUUGUAUACGUGGUGUUUAUGUCGAUAGAGUUCUAUGACCUUAAUACGAUCAUGCGCAGUUAGAAAAGGCUUAUUUAAUGCUUGAAUUGAUGUGUCAUUAUAUAGCUGCUCAACUAUUGCUAAAAUAUUCCUUUUUUUAUUCAUAAAAGUUGAAAGCUGUCAGUUAUAGAAUUUUUAUGAUUACAUUUGUUUUUGUUUAAUAAUUUAAGGAUUACUUUGUUCGAAUAAAUGUUAU